CGACCCAGCAACAUGCCAAUCAACGACAGGAUGAAGAUCCGGCGGGUAAAACCGCUGCUGCACGACGAUGAGGAGGAGGAGGAAGACCUCGAGGUUGAGAACGAGGAUGUGGACAUGAGCGACGCCUCUGGCAGCGGCUCCGACGGCUCCGAGGAAGAGGACGACGAGGAAGCGGGCGAUGAGGACGAAGAAGAGGACGAAAGCGCCACCGCCCGCGCCUCGAUAUCGCGCAUCUCGUUCGGCACGCUCGCGCGGGCGCAAUCCUCGCUGCUCAAAGAGAAGAAAGCGCCUGUCAAGUCCCGCGCCCGCACCGGCGCCCCCGCCGUCCACGCCCCCGACUCGGACACGUACUUCGACGGCAGCAAGAAGGUACAAGACCGCAAAGACAACCCAGCGCGCGCCUCCAAGAACGCGCCGCAAGAGAUCACGUCGAAGCGCACCAUCACGCGGAAGCGCAUCGUCGUCGAGCCCGCCGCCGCAAAGAUGAAGUCGCGAGACCCCCGCUUCGAUACCGCCGUCAAUGGCGUCUUUGCGGACCACGAGUUUAGACGGAACUAUGCGUUCCUCGACGACUAUAGGAACGAUGAGAUGAAGCUGCUGAAGGAGCAGAUAAGGAAGGUUAAGGAUAAGGAUGAGCGCAAGAAGGAGGCGCUGGAGAAGAAGCUCAGGUCUAUGGAAUCGCAAAAGCAGAGUCAGCAGAAUAAAGACAAAUCGGCGGAGGCGCUCAAGAGGCACAAGACCAAGGAGAGGGAGCUGGUCAAACAGGGAAAGACGCCGUUUCAUCUCAAGCAGUCCGAGAUCAAGAAACUUGUCCUGCAGGAGGAGUUUUCGAAGCUCUCCGAGAAGCAAGUGGAACGUGUUGUUGCCAGGAAGCAAAAACGGAAGGCGCAAAAGGAACGCAAGCACAUGCCCUGGGAGAGACGGGAAACGUGAUGUGGGAGCUGGAGACAAUCAUAUGGGAUGGAUGCUACGUAUCAUAGUUAGAGUACUACGCUUCAUACCAUAUGCAUCCAUGUCCAGACGC